AACGGGUGUGGCUAGAUGGGAAAGGUAGUGGCGAAUGGAACAAGCCGCUGGUAGUGUUUCUCGUCGUGGUGGAGGCGAGUAUUUCGAGAAGGAUGGUGAACAAAUUUCCUGACAACACGGUGAGAUUCGGAAUCCCCAAGAUGCUAACAAAUCUGGCAGAGAGUAUCCGGUAUGCAUAUUUUAGACCGGAGUGCGCUUUACGGGUGUGUCAUCGAGAACGUCCCCGAAUAGUCCAUGUCGCCGAUACUGAGGGGAGGCUUGGGUGGAGGCCGGUGUGGAAUACAGAGCGGUCUCUGCACAAUAUUGACGAUGAAAUCGAUGCCAUUUUGGAGGAGGGAAAGGCGAAGAGCAGCCUUGUUGGCUCUUUGUUUGCCUCAGCGAGAGGGUAGCCUGGUUUUGUACGUCGUUCUCUACGUUCGCAGGUUGUCGUGGUAGGGCUAGGAAGCCCUUAUGGGGCGGGAUGUUUGUACAGUACGAUGAGCAAUUACAUGGCCCGCUGUUCCGGCGGACGUAAAAGGACGCUGUAUCCAAUCCGAGCUC